CUGUUACCCAGAAGAGGAGGAGGAAGUCAUAGCUAAACUGAAAGUAAACAAACCAGUAUAAAUAGCCAUAUCCUGCACGUUUGCACAACAAUACGAGCAGACUGUUACAGCUCUCACUUCCAAGGAGAUCACCAGAAGACGAAACAGUCAACUAUCCAGGCCUGACGAGGGAAGGCAGGAACAGACUCGUAGUCUCAAGUAAACGAACAGAGGAGAAGAUGGGAAAUGCAGGUUAUGGCGACAUCAUGAAUGUCGAAACUUCUGGUGCCUCAAAGAAAACGGCUCAGCAGGACAACCUCAGCUACAAAGGUGUGAGGGCAUCUCACGCCCUGGCAGAGACUGAUGCCGGCAGAAUGGAAAAGUACAGGUCUAAAAUCAAGUCAGUGGGAAGUCAAUGUGGAGUUGAACCAGCUCUCAUUGCUGCUAUCAUCUCCAGAGAGACCAGGGCUGGAAGUAAACAUGUAUUACAUAACGGCUGGGGAGACUAUGACUCAGCCAGAAGAGUGUAUAACGCCUGGGGACUGAUGCAGGUUGAUGUUAAUCCAAAUGGAGGUAGACACGAAAAAGUUGGUGAAUGGGACAGUGAGGAACACCUGCGCCAUGCCACCGGAAUCUUGGUUAAUUUUAUCGAUCUUAUCCGCAACAAAUUUCCUAACUGGAGCACAGAGCAGCAGCUGAAAGGAGGGAUAGCAGCCUACAACAUGGGGGAUGGAAGUGUUCACUCCUAUGAUAACGUGGAUGAAAACACAUAUGGUGGAGACUACUCCAAUGAUGUUGUUGCCAGAGCUCAGUGGUACAAAAGCAAUAAAAACUUUUAAACCUGCAGCUGUCCACAAGCUCCUAAAAUCAUAUGUGAAACAUUGUAAUGUUUAUCAAAACUUAAGUUAAAUAAACAUAAUGCAAAACAAAACCAUGUCUGUAAUGAGUGCAAUAUGAAAAAACAUCCAGACGUUUUUCAGUGUCCUUCAAGCCAUGAAUUGUCUGUAUUUGUGCACAUAUUCAGGGUAUUACAUGUUCUGCAACAGCUCCCCUCCUCUGAUAAGUAACCAAGUAAGACAUUUACAGAGAAGCCAUCAGAAGUUGGGCGUUAUUGUUCUCAACAGGAAGGAAACAUCCAUUUAGCGAGUUCCUGCUUUCCUCAACGUUGGACUUUUGUGCAUCAUCAGACAAUGAAAAUGAAAGAUUAAGGUGUUUUUCACGUGGUCUGGAAUAGAAAUAAAUCACAGGUUCAAAAAUA